UUCCUACGCGUUUGAAAGCCGCAGAUAAUAUACUAAUUGUUCGUACAAAAAUCGGCUUUAAAGAUCUCGCAUUCUCAGUCUCUGCCUCUCAAUAUGCCCAAGCACAAGUUGCAACUCUUUCCUCCCAACGCCCUUCGCCGAUCGCUCGUCAACCAGAGUUCCCAUCAAUUUUCUGAAAUGGCAACAGACAGUGCAAAAAGUUUUGCAAGAAGGGACCGUCUCUUGGAGAUUGAGCAGAAGGUUCGAAGCUGGUGGGAAGAGAAAGAUGUUUUCAUGGCUGAACCUGGCAAAAACCCACCUGAACCAGACGAGAAGUUCUUUGGCAACUUUCCAUUUCCUUACAUGAAUGGCUUCUUGCACCUCGGACAUGCAUUCUCACUGUCCAAACUUGAGUUUGCUGCCGCUUAUCAUAGAUUAAGGGGCGCUAAUGUGCUCUUGCCAUUUGCUUUUCACUGCACUGGCAUGCCAAUCAAGGCCUCAGCUGAUAAACUUCGUCGGGAGAUUCAACAGUUCGGUGAUCCACCGGAUUUUGCCAAAGAAGAGGAGAAGCAAGUAGAAUCACAACCAGAACCUGACGAUGGACGUGGAAGUUUGCCAGUGGAUAAGUUUAAGGGUAAAAAAUCGAAGGCUGCAUCAAAAUCAGGGGGGCAAAUGUUUCAGUGGGAAAUUAUGCGUAGUUUUGGGCUUUCUGAUGGUGAGAUAUCAAAGUUCCAGGAUCCAUACGAAUGGCUGGGAUUCUUUCCUCCAUUAGCCAUGGAAGACCUUAAAGCUUUUGGCUUGGGUUGUGAUUGGAGACGCUCCUUUGUCACCACAGAAAUAAACCCAUAUUUUGAUUCUUUUGUGCAAUGGCAGAUGAGGAAGCUAAGAUCAAUGGGCAAGAUUGUAAAAGAUGUGCGUUACACAAUCUACUCUCCCUUGGAUGGCCAGCCAUGUGCAGAUCAUGACAGGGCAAGUGGUGAAGGAGUGCAGCCUCAGGAGUAUACUGUUGUGAAGAUGGAGGUGUUGCCACCUUUUCCGACCAAACUGCGGCCAUUAGACGGGAAGAAAGUGUUUCUAGGAGCUGCUACGUUGAGACCUGAGACAAUGUAUGGACAAACAAAUGCUUGGGUCUUGCCUGAUGGAGAAUAUGGAGCUUUUGAAAUCAAUGAAACAGAUGUGUUCAUCCUCACUGAAAGAGCAGCCCUUAACCUUGCAUAUCAAAAUUUCUCAAGGUUCCCACAGAAACCUAGCUGCUUGAUUGAGCUAAGUGGUUAUGAUCUUAUUGGUCUUCGCUUGAAAUCUCCACUUUCUUUCAAUGAGUUCAUAUAUGCUCUUCCAAUGCUCACUAUUCUGACAGACAAAGGCACAGGGAUUGUCACCAGUGUCCCCAGCGAUGCCCCUGAUGAUUACAUGGCACUCCAUGAUUUGAAACAAAAACCAGCUUUCAGGGCAAAGUAUGGUGUGAAGGAUGAAUGGAUAAUGCCCUUUGAUCUUAUACCCAUCAUCAAUAUUCCAGAAUUUGGAGACAUGGCAGCUGAGAAAGUUUGCCUGGAUCUAAAAAUCAAGAGCCAAAAUGAGAAAGAGAAGCUUGCUGAAGCAAAGAGGUUAACAUACCUGAGAGGAUUCACAGAUGGGACAAUGCUUGUUGGAGAAUUUGCAGGGAGAAAAGUCCAGGAAGCUAAGCCAUUGGUCAAGGCCAAGCUCAUUGAAACAGGUGAGGCGAUUCUCUAUAGCGAACCGGAGAAGAAGGUUGUGUCAAGAUCUGGUGAUGAAUGUGUUGUGGCAUUAACUGAUCAAUGGUACAUUACAUAUGGGGAAGAAGAAUGGAAGAAGUUGGCUGAAGAAUGCUUAUCUAAUAUGAAUCUCUACUCUGAUGAGACACGGCAUGUUUUUGAGCACACGUUGAGCUGGUUAAAUCAGUGGGCUUGUUCACGAUCUUUUGGACUUGGGACUCGCAUUCCUUGGGACAAAGAUUUCGUUGUUGAAUCCUUGUCUGAUUCUACUAUCUACAUGGCUUAUUACACUGUUGCACACCUGCUUCAUAAUGAUGACAUCUAUGGCACAAGCAAGUCUCAUCCUGUUCAGCCUGAGCAAAUGACUGAUGAUGUCUGGAAUUUUAUCAUCUGCAAUAGUCCAUACCCCAAAUCAUCUAAUAUACCUUCAUCAAUACUUGAUAAGAUGAAGCAGCAAUUCGAAUAUUGGUACCCGUUUGAUCUUCGAGUUUCUGGUAAGGAUCUCAUACAGAAUCAUUUGACAUUCAGCAUUUAUAAUCAUACAGCAAUCAUGAGCAAGCACCACUGGCCUCGUGGAUUCAGGUGUAAUGGGCACAUUAUGCUCAAUUCUGAGAAGAUGAGCAAGUCUACAGGGAAUUUUAGGACAAUCCGUCAGGCUAUUGAGGAAUUCUCUGCUGACGCAACAAGAUUCUCUCUAGCUGAUGCUGGGGAUGGUGUUGAUGAUGCAAACUUUGUAUUUGAAACUUCAAAUGCUGCAAUCCUCCGCCUGACUAAGGAGAUUUCAUGGAUGGAAGAGGUUCUGGCUGAAGAAUCAUCUCUAAGAACAGGUCCCCCAUCUACUUAUGCUGAUCAAGUUUUUGCAAAUGAGAUGAAUAAUGCUGUCAGAAUGACCGACAAAAAUUACCGAGAUUACAUGUUUAGAGAAGCUCUGAAAACUGGAUUUUAUGAUCUGCAAGCUGCCAGGGAUGAAUACAGAUACUCAUGUGGCAGCGGAGGCAUGAACCGCGACUUGUUGUUUUGUUUUAUGGAUGUUCAGACAAGGCUUAUUACUCCUAUCUGUCCACAUUAUGCAGAAUAUGUUUGGAGGGAGCUUCUGAAGAAGGAUGGAUUUGUGGUGAAGGCAGGCUGGCCAACAGCUGAUGCUCCUGAUCUUACUCUGAAGGCUGCCAACAAAUACUUGCAGGAUUCAAUUGUUCUGAUGAGGAAGCUGCUUCAGAAACAACUCUUGGGUUCAAAGAAGGCAAAUAAGGAUGGAGCUCCAGCUGCAAUUCUAACUGAAGACAAGAUAACAGGUUUGAUAUAUGUAAACGAGCAAUUCGACGGAUGGCAGGCAGAAUGCUUGAGGAUACUUCAAAGCAAAUUUGACAACAAGACCUGUGCUUUUGCCUCUGAUGAAGACAUAAUGGAUGCUUUAAAGAAUAGUUCUAUUGGCAAUGCUACAAACUUUAAAGAGACACAAAAACUUUGUAUGCCUUUCUUGAGGUUCAAGAAGGAUGAGGCCAUUGCAAUUGGGGUUCAGGCCUUGGAUCUGAGGCUACCAUUUGGGGAGAUUGAGGUCCUUCAGAAGAACUUGGACUUGAUUAAGAGACAAAUUGGUCUUCAAGAUGUGGAAGUAUUGUCUGUGGCUGACCCUGAUGCUGUUGCUAAAGCUGGUUCUUAUAAGUCACUACUGAAUCAUAAUCCUCCUUCUCCUGGUAACCCAACUGCCAUCUUCUUAACCAGGUGAGUGAAUUCAUUCACUUGCAACUUAUCGGCCAUCUCUCACCAUUAUCAUUAUGUUCUUACAUCCUUAUUAUUUGGGAAUGUAAAGGUUUUAUAUUAUCAGAAUUACAUUUCUGACAUAAAAGCUGUAGGUGUAGCUUGCUUGUAGCUGCUGCACUCUGUAUUUAAAGGUCAAGUCUUUAUGAAGUAUGCAAGUCUCUCAUAUUGUAAAUGAUAUUUGAUUUGCCAAAUUUAUUUGCUUCUUGUGGUUUUUAA